CCCCGCUCGACGCAUAAGGCAAUCUACACGCUCUUUUGACGGUAAAGGCGCUGCCUACCCUCGAAGCCACAAUCUCAAGUGCGGAUAUUCUUACUAUCUUAAGCUAUCCAGUGGUCAGCAGGGUCGAGAGACACUCCCGCGCUCCACUAGAGUCCACUUUUCUUUAGCGGGCAAGAUUACUUUAACGGGACCGCAACUGUGCAGCUGAUAUAUUUCCUGCAUACAUCCUUUGCUAUUUCAAAGGUUCUGCUUCUUCAUCUUCCUCAUCCUGUCUUGCUUGUGACUCGCAAUCGUUCUCUUCUCAUCUUUCCGUAUCUCUAGACACAUGGCUACCUUAACCCAAUCCAACCCUGUACCCGCUCAUGAGCUUCAUAUCGAGCCCAAUGAACUCCCCAAGCUUCGAUCCAACUAUGGAAAGUACAUAGAGUCCGAUAGUGUUGGGUGGAUGCGAUCUACCCCGAUCGACACCCCCAUGGAGGAAAUCAGACGACGCUUCGAAGAAGACGGAUAUGUAUGGAUGAAAGGCGUCAUACCACGAGAAGACGUCCUCGAUAUGCGAGAACACUACUUCUCCCAUAUCGCCCACACUGGCAUUCUCGCCCCUGGCACAUCCCCACGCGAUGGCAUCUUCAACCCAACAAACGACCCCAUUGCACACUCCGGUGUCGGGGGUACAGACCUCCCAGACGACGUAGCGAAGGUAGCUGCCCUGACCUCCGCCCACACGACCCCGAUCUACCUCGCCUUCCUCGAACACCCGCACCUGCGCGGCUUCAUCUGCGACUUCAUGGGAUGGAAGAAAGAUGUCAUGGUGCAGCGGACGAUGCUACGCCACAACGUCCCCAAUGGCCUCAGCACCGGCAUCCACUACGACCGCAUCUUCCUGCGCGCCAGCCCCAUCGACUUCCUCACCGCCUGGGUCCCCAUCGGCGACUGCAGCCCGGCCGGCGGCGGACUGAUGUACCUCUCGCACUCGGGCGCGCUCGGGCGCGCCAUGGAGGCAUCCUUCAUGGAGCGCGCGGCCGGCUUCUCCGACGCCGACCGCAUCAACGCGUUCAACAUGAACAUGGCGAAGGACGGGCAGCUGAGCCAUGACGCCGCCGCGCUGUAUGAGGAGCUGAGUAACGAGUGGGAUGAAAAGGGGGUGGGGCCAAAGGGGAGGGAGAUGAAGUGGAUGGUGGGCGAUUUCAAGGCGGGCGAUGUCGUGUUUCAUAAUCCGUAUCUUGUUCAUGGGGCGUGUAAGAAUGAGGAUGCGAGGGGGGUUAUCAGGUUGAGUACGGAUUUGAGGUUUUAUGAGGAGGGGACCCAGGUCGAUGAAAGGUGGAUGCGGUUUUGGGAGCCGAAUGAUGGGCUGUGAGGGCUUGUAGGAGAGAUGGGGUAUUGCUGGUGAGAAGAAGGAAUUUUGAUAUAUAUGAGAUGAGUACGGAUGACUUUGGUAUUCUGGAUUGGGAGUCCGGUCUAUCCGGUCCUCAACUAGAUAUAAGAAGAUACAUAUCUUCUCAUAGAAACCC